AUGUCCACCCCGAGCAGAUUCAAAAAGGACAAAGAGAUCAUAGCCGAGUAUGAAAGUCAAGUCAAAGAAAUUCGAGCUCAAUUGGUAGAACAACAAAAAUGCCUUGAGCAGCAAACGGAGAUGCGAGUCCAGCUUCUCCAGGAUCUGCAAGAUUUCUUUCGGAAAAAAGCUGAAAUUGAGACGGAAUAUUCUCGGAACCUAGAAAAGUUGGCCGAAAGGUUCAUGGCAAAAACAAGAAGCACUAAGGACCAUCAACAGUACAAGAAGGACCAGAACCUGCUGUCUCCAGUGAACUGCUGGUAUUUGCUUCUGAACCAAGUGAGGAGAGAAAGCAAAGACCAUGCCACCCUGAGUGAUAUCUACCUGAACAAUGUGAUUAUGCGGUUUAUGCAGAUCAGUGAGGAUUCUACCAGGAUGUUCAAAAAGAGCAAGGAGAUUGCAUUCCAACUUCAUGAGGAUUUAAUGAAGGUUCUUAAUGAGCUUUACACGGUGAUGAAAACAUACCAUAUGUAUCAUGCAGAGAGCAUCAGUGCAGAGAGCAAGCUAAAAGAGGCGGAGAAACAAGAAGAAAAGCAAAUCGGAAGAUCUGGCGAUCCAGUCUUCCAUAUUAGACUAGAAGAGAGGCACCAGCGGCGCAGCUCUGUAAAGAAAAUUGAAAAAAUGAAAGAAAAGAGGCAAGCAAAAUACUCAGAAAAUAAGCUAAAAUCAAUUAAAGCGCGGAAUGAGUACCUCCUAACACUGGAAGCUACCAAUGCCUCGGUCUUCAAGUAUUAUAUUCAUGACCUUUCGGAUUUAAUUGAUUGCUGUGAUCUUGGCUAUCAUGCAAGUUUGAACAGAGCCCUAAGAACAUAUCUCUCUGCGGAGUAUAACCUCGAGACCUCCCGACAUGAGGGCUUAGACAUUAUUGAGAAUGCAGUUGACAAUUUGGAGCCGAGGAGUGAUAAGCAGAGAUUCAUGGAGAUGUACCCUGCUGCAUUCUGUCCACCAAUGAAGUUUGAGUUCCAGUCUCACAUGGGUGACGAGGUGUGUCAGGUCAGUGCCCAGCAGCCAGUCCAGGCCGAGCUCAUGCUGAGGUACCAACAGCUGCAGUCACGACUGGCCACACUCAAAAUCGAGAAUGAGGAGGUGAAGAAGACAAUGUCAAGAAACACAGAAGCCACCCUGCAGACAUUACAAGACUUGGUGACCAUCGAGGAAUUUAUGAUGCUAUCUGAGUGCUUCCAACACCGCUCUACAGAGUCUGUGAAGUCUACUGUCUCUGAACGUACCUGAGUAAAACCCAGCAUUGCCAGAGCAAGAGCCAACCAGCAAGAAACUGAGCAGUUCUUACUCAUGGAUUGAAGGCAUAAUCUUAUCACAAAACUUCAAGCCAAACAUGACUUGCUGCAGAGGAACUCUUGGAGAAAACAUCGAGCUGAGUAUAUGACUACAAGGCCUCCAAAUGUUCCCCCUAAGCCCCAGAAACACAGGAAGUCCAGACCCCGCUCACAGUAUAAUGCUAAGUUGUUUAAUGGGAAUUUGGAAACAUUCGUCAAGGAUUCAGGACAGGUUAUCCCCCUCAUUGUGGAAAGCUGUAUUCGGUUUAUCAAUCUCUACGGUCUUCAGCAUCAGGGGAUUUUCAGAGUGUCUGGUUCCCAGGUGGAAGUCAACGAUAUUAAAAAUUCAUUUGAGAGAGGUGAAAAUCCUUUGGCUGAUGACCAGAGUAACCAUGAUAUUAACUCAGUGGCUGGUGUUCUGAAGCUCUAUUUCCGUGGGCUGGAAAACCCCCUCUUUCCUAAGGAAAGAUUUAAUGAUCUGAUUUCUUGUAUCAGAAUAGAUAAUCUCUAUGAGAGGGCGCUUCACAUCCGCAAACUCCUCUUGACCUUGCCCAGGUCGGUCCUUAUAGUGAUGAGGUACCUGUUUGCCUUCCUCAACCAUCUUUCACAAUACAGUGAUGAGAACAUGAUGGACCCUUAUAACUUGGCAAUUUGCUUUGGCCCAACAUUGAUGCCUGUCCCUGAAAUACAAGAUCAAGUGUCUUGCCAGGCUCAUGUGAAUGAAAUUGUCAAGACCAUCAUCAUCCACCAUGAGACUAUUUUUCCAGAUGUUAAAGAAUUGGAUGGCCCUGUUUAUGAGAAAUGUAUGGCUGGAGAUGACUACUGUGACAGCCCAUACAGUGAGCACGGUACAUUGGAGGAAGUGGACCAGGAUGCUGGUACAGAGCCCCACACCAGUGAGGACGAAUGUGAGCCAAUUGAAGCAAUAGCCAAGUUUGACUAUGUUGGGCGAUCCGCCAGAGAACUGUCCUUCAAGAAGGGCGCCUCCCUGCUGCUCUAUCACCGCGCAUCGGAAGACUGGUGGGAAGGCAGGCACAACGGCAUCGACGGGCUGGUGCCUCACCAAUACAUAGUGGUGCAGGAUAUGGAUGAUACGUUUUCAGACACUCUGAGCCAAAAAGCAGACAGUGAGGCCAGCAGUGGGCCGGUCACUGAAGACAAGUCCUCUUCCAAGGACAUGAACUCCCCUACAGACCGUCACCCUGAUGGCUGUUUAGCCAGGCAAAGAAAAAGAGGAGAGCCACCCCCUCCAGGAAGACGUCCUGGCAGGACCAGCGAUGGCCAUUGUCCUCUUCAUCCCCCGCAUGCUCUUUCCAACUCUUCAGUUGAUCUGGGGUCCCCAAACCUAGGCAGUCACCCCCGAGGCCUGCUACAGAACCGUGGCUUCAACAAUGACAGUCCUGAGAGGAGGCGCCGGCCUGGCCAUGGCAGCCUGACCAACAUCAGCCGACACGACUCCCUCAAGAAGAUCGACAGCCCUCCCAUCAGAAGGUCCACAUCAUCAGGACAAUACACAGGCUUCAAUGAUCACAAGCCACUGGACCCAGAAACAAUUGCUCAGGAUAUUGAAGAGACGAUGAACACUGCUUUGAAUGAACUCCGAGAACUGGAGAGACAGAGUACAGCCAAGCAUGCCCCUGAUGUGGUGCUGGAUACCUUGGAACAAGUGAAAAACUCUCCUACGCCUGCCAGUUCCACAGAAUCUCUCAGCCCUUUGCACAGCGUUGCCCUCAGGAGCUCAGAGCCUCAGAUCCGACGUAGCACCAGCUCCUCCAGUGACACGAUGAGCACUUUCAAGCCUGUGGUGGCACCCAGGAUGGGCGUGCAGCUGAAGCCCCCAGCCCUUAGGCCGAAACCUGCAGUCCUUCCAAAAACAAACCCUACCAUAGGACCUGCCCCGCCUUCCCAGGGUCCAACAGACAAGUCUUGCACGAUGUAAAAACCAGCUGAGCAUAAGGGGAGGUGGUUUAAAAGAGAACGGAUUAGUGACAAAAGUCAGUGAUCCAUAACUUUCCUUAGUUUUGUGCUUAUAACUGGAGAUAUUUCGGCUUUUCUAUGUUGUCAAAUGUAAUGUCUGAGAAUAGCUAAAU